GAUUCAGCUCUUUUCCAUCAUCAUCAUCACCAUUAACAUCAUCCAGACCCAACACCCAUCAAUUGUAACUUCUCCCUUGUCUGCUUCGUCCCCCGCCACGACGACGCUAGCAGCAGCCCCGCAACCCUCGACGUCGUCCUUUACGCCGUCGAAGCCACCCUCCCCGCCUCGCCUCCUACAUCUCGCGCUCCUGCGAGAUGGCAAAGGCAAAGGCUCCUCUGAGGGCACCUCCCUCAUCGAGGCCAACAGCUCAACCACCACCGCCACAGAGUCAGCCGACGAGCCUCGAUCACGACUCGUCUUCGCCGACCCCACCCCCUCUGUCAACAGAACCGUCUGCUGCUGCAGCUGCUGCGGCGGCGGCUGCAGCAAAGAAGAAGAAGAGAAAGGGCAAAGGGAAGCGUAUCGAAGAUCCCUACGAUGGCACAGCGCCGCUUUCGCCAGCGACUACGCAGGCGUAUGCUGCGCACGGCAACUCGCCGGCUCACCUGAGUCAGGCCGCCACUGCUCAGGCUCAGGCGCAGGCAGACCUUUUGGCCACCGCCAGCGACUUGUAUCGACGCAUCGAGGCAGACCCUCAGGGUAUCCCAGACGACGACGCGUAUUGGACUUCUUUGCCUGCCCACUUGCGGACCUUCAUCCGCAACGCCUUGCCCUUGGGCCAAUUUCCAACGACGGGCAACGGACACCCCAACGAUCCUAAUGCUCGCCAUGCAUCGACGCAGGCAAUGAUCGCUGUAGCUCAGCAGCUCGCUCAAGCUGCUCAUGCCUCGCAACGUCAUCUGCAGCAGUAUCCUCCUGGCUCGCAGCCUUACCCGUCGCUGCCAUUCGACCCAGCUAUCUUUGCAGACCUCGCUCUGCACUCUGAUCCCGGAGCGACGUUGCAUUCGCACACCAAUGGCGUUCACGCAGCGGCUGGCAACGCAGCGCAGUCCCCUUACUCUGCUCACGUCCACUACUCGACGACGGGCGCAAAUCCGCCACCGACGCAGCCGCCUGGCGAGCCCCUACCAGCACCAGUCGUCCUCGUCAACGAGUACGGAGAGGAGACGGGAGACUAUGACGACGAGUACUACAGCGACGAUGACUUGGAUGACCCCAACGGCGUCAGUCACGAUGAUGGCAUGCAUGGAGGCCCUGACGCUCGCAAUUGGCCCGCUCACGAGCAACAGCGCCAACAAGCAGCGGCUGCGAUGCUGGGUGCGCCACCUUCUAAGAAGAAAAACAAGAAGAAGAAAAAGAAGACUGGUGCGGACACGUUGGCUGCUCCCCCUCCGCCUUCCCAACCUCUUCCUCCACCGGCACCUGCUGUCCAGCAUGGCAAGCAGCCCGCCACCAAUGGUCCUCCUGCUCCGGCCCCACCUCGUUCGAACGCACCUCCACCGAGCUCGAGAGCAGCAGGCAAGCAGCCGAUGACCUUCAAUUCGAAUGCAUCUGCCAAGGCGCCGGCGCCCAAUGGUCACUCGCAUCCCCCUGCCAAGUCUCGUGCAGGCGCCGCAGCUGGCUCGGUGAGCUCACACGGCACGGGUCACGGCACGGCGCCGCCAUCGCAGGCUCAGGCUCCUCGCAUUUGGUCUACGAGUACAGCGGAAGAGCGUGAGCGCAUCAAGGAAUUCUGGAUGCGGCUCAACGAGCGAGACAGGCGUUCACUGGUGGCAAUUGAGAAGGAUGCAGUGCUCAAGAGGAUGAAGGAGCAGUCCAGGCAUAGCUGCACCUGCGCUGUCUGCAGUCGAAAGCGUACAGCCAUCGAGUCGGAACUGGACGUCCUCUACAACGCCUAUUACGACGAACUGGAGCAGUACGCCAAUCAGCAGCAGCAGUACGUCCGAUCUGGUGGUGCGGUCCCUCCUCCGCCUGGUCCAGGCCCGUUCCCAGGCAGCAUCGCCCUCGAUAGCGCCGGCAACGUUCUUGGUGGCAACGCCCUCACCAAGCCGGUACCUCCGGCGCAAAAGACGCGAGUCACUGCUCCACCCAAGAAGGCUCCUCCUCCGCCCGUCGAUGAUGAUGACGGGUAUGACGAUGAGCUCGAUGACGACGAGUAUGACGAUGACUACGACGAUGAGGAGGAAGAAGAGGAGGACGAGGUUCUGCCAGAGACCGCGCCUCCUCGUAGCAAGCGCAACGCAGCCGGUGGCAAUGCGGGCGGCGCUGACUCUUCUCUGCUCGGAUCAUCCCUCACAGUCAAGGGCAUUCUCACGGUAGCAGACGACCUGCUCAAGAACGAUGGGCAAAAGUUCCUCGAGAUGAUGGAGCAGCUCGCUGAUCGUCGUAUGCAGCGCGAGGAGGACGCAGCAACAGCCGGAGCCGACGGAGUCAGCGACGACGGAGAUGACGUUGACGAUGUCGAUGACGUCGAGGAAGACGAGGAAGAUGACGCUCUGACUGAUGAGCAACGCAUGGAAGAAGGUCGACGCAUGUUCCAGAUCUUUGCCGCUCGUCUCUUUGAGCAGCGUGUCCUCGCCGCCUACCGCGAACGCAUCGCUCAAGAACGCCAGCUUCAGCUUCUUCGAGAGCUCGAGGAGGAAGCCGACCUCGAGAAGGAGAAGGAUGCCAAGCGCCAGCGCGAGAACCAGAAGAAGAAAGACAAGAAACGUCAGCAGCAGCUCAAGAAGGAGGAAGAGCGGCUCAAGCGAGAGAGUGAGAAGGCCGCCGAGGAAGCCGCCGCUCGUGAGAAGGCCGAAAAGCUGCGCGAGGCUGAGCUCAAGAGACAAGAAGAGGCCCGUCUCAAGCGCGAAGCUGAGAAGAAGGGCCAAUGCUGCGCCAGUCAUGUAUGCUCGACCACCUCCCGCUACGACGGCUCCUGCCGCUGGUGGUGCCUCGAUCCCACCUCGUCCUCCUACGGCUCCUUCGUCAGGCCAUCGGGCUCCCUCGCAGACGGGCUCUUCGCAGGGCACGUCAACUCUCCCAGCUCUGCCAUCCGGCUUGCCGGCUCGACCUUCGUCCAAGGCACAUGCUAGCUCAGCCAGCCCUGCCGUAGCUGCCGCUCCUCAAUCGCAGGCCCCUGUCCAGCAGCAACAGCAACAGCUGCCUCGCCCUCCCUCUGGUCCAAGCCCACAGCAGCAGCCCCUUGCCGCCAGUGCCGCUCCAGGACUCAGCAAGCCGUCGACGAUCGCGUCUGCCGUUUCCCCAUCGGCUGUCUCUGCGCGACCUUCAGCUCCUAGUGCUCCUUCUGCGCCGAGCCCGCCUCUGUCUCAGCAGCAACAGCAACAGCAUCAGAGCGUCGGCUUCGGAAGAGGCCCACCCCCUGCCCUGUCCGCUGCUAGCGGUUUUGGUGCCACUCCAUCGUCAGGCUUGCCCUCUGGCUUCGAGUCUGCACGUUCGCCGU